GACUUUGGCCAGAACAUAUACGAUAUUGUACAAUUUUAGCAAAAAAAAGAAUUAAUUUGGGCAUUACCAUUUGGUUUUGCAGCAUGGUUAACUGGUUUAGAAUUUGUUGAUAGAAAAAAUCGUGAACGUUCAAGUGAAACUAUGCGUCAAGUAACAAAAAAAGUUCAAGAUAAAUCAUUAAGAUUAUGGGUUUUCCCUGAAGGAACACGAAAUAUGGCUGAUACAUUUCUUCCAUUUAAAUUCGGAGCUUUUCGUCUAGCAAUUGAAGCACAAGUUCCUAUUGUACCAGUCGUUUUCUCAUCAUAUAAACCAAUUUAUAAUGUUGAUAAAACAAAUAAAAAUUAUUAUUGGCGUCAAGGUUGUGUUACAAUAAAAUGUCUCGAACCAAUUAAUACAAAAGGUAUGACAAUUGAAAAAGAUCUACAACAAUUAACUGAAAUGACUCGACAACGAAUGAUUGAAGCAUAUCAGACGAUUCAAACAACUACUAGUCAAAACAAAAAGAAUAAUUAA